AACAAAUAAAACAGAGGUAUCUGAAUGAAAAUCUAAUAAAUAUAACUUAAAAGUCCGAUGUACAGGAUCAGAUGUAUGGUAUUAUUGGCAAGAGUCAAUAUUGAUGCAUAACAGGAUUUGGAAAUAGUUUUUCUGUUGGAUUGUGGAAUUACACGAGGAAUAUGGUGGAAAUAGAUGCAGGAGGGGAAGACAAGUUAUGUGAAAUACCAGAAAAACAUUAGUUCCCUCGCGAUGGAGGACGAAAAAGAAACUGCCAAACUAUUUCUUGCCAUCGCGAAUGGAAAAGUUCGGCAAAUAGACAGACUCUUAGGACAAUUAGACGACAUCAAUAUCCGAGAUGUGGACAGCAAAACGCCAUUAAUGUACGCAGUGUGCUGCACGAAUGACGAAGUCCGCACACACGUAGUACGCAUCUUAUUAAGACACGGUGCUGAUGUAAACGCGCAAGAUAUGAAUGGACAGACAGCUCUCAUGUUUGCUUGUAUGGAAUGUGAGAGAAGUGACAUUGUGCGAUUAAUAUCAAGAAAUAAAAAAUGUGAUUUUAACAUCCAAGACAAUGAUGGUUUUACUGCAGUGAUGCAUUCAAUAAAUUCAUCUAAUCUUUUGGCAUUGCGCAUGCUUGUUGAUCUCUCAAACAAGCAAAACGUUGAUCUCAAAAUUCGAAAUGCUCAUAGUCUGAAUGCGCUUGAGUUGGCUGUAAAGCUUCAAAUGCCCGAAUUUUGUAAGUGUUUGUUGAAGGAGGGAAAUGUUAAAAUUGGUUCUGUGCGCGAUCAAAAGGGACUACACAUAUUACUAGACAGAGAUACAAAUUUAAGUAAUGCCAAUAUGAAAAUGACAAUGGACGUUCCUUCACUUCAUCUACGUAGACCUAGCACUCCUAUAUCAAACAGCUUUAGGAGGGAGUCCACAUUUGAUCGCGAUAUGAACCGUUUACUGGAUGAUGGGGACAGUGGGAGAGGAUCAAGAGGACCAAGGAUCCGGGAGCCAAUCACUUCAAAUACGAGGAGGCAACAGACAGAUUGGGUAGAGUCUCCCCGCGCUCUCCGUCGCCCUCUGAAACCUAUAGCUGGACGAGACAUUCAGGUGACCGCUAAUAAUUACAUUCCAAGUUUACAGCCCGAGUCCCCGGUGUUUGGGCACAGGAUGAAACUCCCUAGCAUCCCUAGUGGAAAACGCCUGUAUCUUGUGUCAACCCCACGUGGAACAAUUGAAAAAGUCCAAGAAAUCGUAUAAUUACUGAAUAAUGUAUAUUAUCUACUGUUAUUGUUACUUGUUAAGUUAUGGAAACUGUUACUCAACUGUUUAUUCUUCGCUUCAGGUACUGAGAUGUUCAAAGCAUCGUUUAAG